UUAUGGCCUGAGAGUGUACGGGUACACGGCUGCUGCGAAAUCGGCCACGGCUUUGCAGGAACGCACACUGGCUGGCAGAGUGUUCCACAGCGCAGGUCCACGGAAGAACAGUCGGCGAGUGCCUAUAUUCGUCCUGGCCAGCGGCAGAAUGAGCCCAGCAUUGGCUUGAUGUCGAGUUGCGGCCGUGGUUGCGGGCGUCAGCUGCUUUGAAAGCGCUGUACUACAUUGGCCGUUCAGGCCGUGCCAGAUGAGACCGAGGAAUCGGUGGUGUUGUGUCUCCUCGAUUUCACGGAGGGAUAUGCUCUCCCUUUGGCAGCUUACUGAAGAUUUCAAGACAGGCAAGGUGAACGCGCUCAAGGUGUUAGGCAUGAUCACAGUAUGCGUUGGUAUCGUCGUCUACAUCGUGCCAACCGUUCUAUAUGACUACAGUGAGACGAUUCAGAAUGAAUGCCGGAAAAACGCUUCCAACUCUACUCUCUCCGAAGACGAACGCAGGCGACUCUGUGCCACAAGGCAGCAGGUUGCAGUCAACAUUGUCGAGCUGAUCUGCGGAUCCAUUCUUUUCGGCCUGGCUGGCGUGUACUGGAGGAAUGCGAAGGGCAAGAUCCAUUUCACGCUGGCUGGAGGUGGGCAGACAGUGGUCGGGGGCAUCCUGGCCCUGAUCUUCUGGGGCGCACUGGACAAGGGCGAGUAUUCGCCAACAUGGACACCGUCAUCGAUAGCUGCCCUCCUCUACCUGAUGAUAUUCUCCGGCUUCGGAGCUGCCACCUUGCUGUUUUUCCUGUACGGAAAGAUUGGUGCCGUGGCAACCGCUCGUGUCAUGUGCAUAGUUCCUGUUGUUUCUUGGAUUGAAGACCGGAUCAUCUACUACAGCCGAGGUUCACACGGUGUGGGACUGGAGGCACUUGGACUGAUCAUCUUGAUUGCUGGUCUCAUCCUAUUUGAGGGCAGAAUCGAUCAAAUUUGCGGCAUUAAUGUUCCGUGUGUCAAGUACUAUCAGCGACACAGGGAUGCCAAACGCUUUAGCACCAGUUUACAAGGAGACGCUGAAACAAGGGCAAAAAGCUUGUCGACUAAGCUGCUGGAGGAGGAUUUUGAAGGCGUCGACGUUCAGGAUGAAUCUGAUACGAAUGAACUGGAUGAAGCACACAGGAACAUGGCCCUGUACUCAUCCAGUGUGGGAGAAUUUGAAGUCAUCUUCUAAUUGAUCUGGCGGCAAGCAGGCAUUGAGUGCAUUACUGAUGAGGAAAUGUCAUAGAAACUGAGAAAAUGAUAAUUGUCCGGCUCAAGUUCCGGAUGUUGUUGCCACUACUAGCCAUAGUUCCCACUUUAUUUAUACUUCAGCUAGUGUCCGAUAGAUAGAUAGCACUGCACUUCACUAGGUGCUUUCUUUCUGCCCGGCUUCACGCCAUAGCACCAGUCCUUCGGUGGUCUAGGACACUGCAGUAAGAGCAGUGGGCUGUCUGUUUCAAGUGCCAUACUCUCCAAUUCUAUUUUAUUAGUAGUACAGGUCUACCCUCGUUGGUAGACAAUCCAGGGGUUUAAAAAAUACUUGUCUUAUAUCGAGUAUUGUCUACUAUCUGGACUUACAAUGUACAUGUACGCGUUUCAGGCGUCAAGGGAUUCUGGAUCGUUGUCUUCUGAUGAGGUUUUUCUUGUAGCAGAUGUGGUGCUAACGAGGGUAGACACGUACAUGUAAUACCCCAUUUUUUUAAGCAGUGCUGAUUCAUCACCAGAAUGCCAGUGGUAUCGAAUACUACUGUAAGACGUGAAAUGAUAACGAGGAACUGUUAAUUCUAACGUUAGACUAUUGAGAUUUUUCAUAAGAGUAUUUCAUUAGGGCCAUGGUUAAUAACAUAUUAUGCGAGGGUGAUAUGCCUGUACACUCUCAGAUCGUUAAACAUACCUUCUUGUUAAUUAACCUACGGAUUUUGGAAAUCAUUAAAUUUGCUAUUCUUUGUGCAAACCGUGAUGUCCUUUAGUUUCGAUAUCUUCCGUUUAUAUUUUAACAAUAGACUUCUCGUUUUACUCAUUGUUUUACUGCAGUAGAUUUAGCACCACGUGCAUGUACACAUUUUACAGAGUAGUGUACACGUCUUCUAGUAAGUUCUACUAUAGGCUUUCGCUGCAUGAGACAUGCGUUCACACAAGCCAUGUCAGGCUUUUCCAUAUUAAGUUGUGGCUGAAAUCCAGAUUGACGUUAAAACGCUGAAGGCUGCUUGGCCUGGCGCACAUACCGAUGAGGUCAAAAAUC